AUGCUCGAAUCGCAUUCAAGAUGCCCGAACAUCCGAAUAUUUGGGAUCCAGGAGGACACUGAGAAAGGGAACCCCACUGAAUUUGUUUUGGAGCUGAUCCCGUCAUUGCUGGGGAGUGAACACUUCAAAACGCCCAUCCUGAUCCACCACGUACACAGAUCACAGGCAACGAUGCCGGCCAAGGGUGCGCACCAAGGCCAUUCAUCAUAA